AUGGUUUCCCUGUUUAAGCUUCUGUUAUUGUACUUAUGGCUGCAGCAUUUGAUGGAUGAAGGCUCACUUUUUGUGAGCUCAAAUGGCAAUGUUAUUAGCGGCACUGUUCUUCUUAACGGAACAGCUCCGAUGGCAAGAACCGACGAUAAUUUCGUAUGCGCUACGUUGGAUUGGUGGCCUCCUGAGAAAUGUGACUAUGGAACAUGUAGCUGGGGAAGAGCUUCUCUUCUUAAUCUAGAUCUUGGUAACCCUAUAUUGUUGAAUGCUAUAAAGGCCUUUUCGCCAUUGAAGAUCAGAAUGGGAGGUACCCUGCAAGAUACUGUGAUUUAUGGGACAAAAGAUGAUAAGAUUCCAUGUGCACCAUUUGUUAAAAAUAGUUCCGAGUUGUUCGGGUUUUCCAAAGGCUGCUUACCCAUGUUUAGAUGGGACCAACUCAACGUUUUCUUCAAAAAAGCUGGUGCUAUGGUCGUUUUCGGACUAAAUGCACUAAGCGGGAGGACGGUUGGUUCGGACGGUUCCGUCAUCGGAGCUUGGAAUUCCAGCAAUGCCGAAUCGCUCAUACGAUACACCGUUAACAAGGGCUAUUCUAUCCAUGGUUGGGAACUUGGUAACGAACUGUGCGGCUCCGGCAUCGGGGCGAAAAUUGCAGCGGAACAAUAUGCAUUGGACGUCAACUCUCUUCAAACCAUUGUUGACCAUACAUAUAGAGGAUUUGAGGUUAAGCCAUUAGUGAUUGCACCAGGAGGAUUCAUUGACACUAACUGGUUCACACAAUUUGUACAGAAAACACGCAAAUCUCUUCAAGUGGUGACCCAACACAUUUACAACCUCCGUCCAGGUAAUGAUAAUCAGCUGAUGAACAAAAUCCUGGAUCCAUCUUAUCAAGACGAUGGAGGCCAGCCCUUUAGAGAUCUUCAAGCAAUUCUGAAGAAUUCAUCAACUUCAGCAGUGGCUUGGGUUGGUGAAGCCGGUGGAGCUUAUAACAGUGGUCAAAAUCGUGUCAGCAAUUCGUUUGUUAAUAGUUUCUGGUAUUUGGAUCAGCUUGGGAUGGCAGCUUCCUAUGCUACCAAAACAUACUGCAGACAGACAUUGAUUGGUGGAAACUAUGGUCUGCUCAACACUGCUACAUUUGUGCCACAUCCCGAUUACUAUAGUGCUCUUCUCUGGCAUCGGUUAAUGGGGAAGAAUGUCCUGUCGACAAGCUUCUAUGGGAUGAAAACACGGAAAAGUGUUCGAGCUUAUGCUCAUUGUUCCAAACAAUCUCAAGGAAUCACUCUACUUCUCAUCAACUAUAGUGCUAACACGACCGUUCGAGUCCGAGUAUCGACCGAAGGUUCUGGUAGCAGUGAAGCUCCUAGAAUAAACUUUGCUAGAAUGUCUGCAAAUUCUAGAAUGAAUGCGAAGGGUAAUAGAGAAGAGUACCAUUUGAGAGCAAAAGAUGGAAAUUUACAGAGUCAAAAUGUGGUUAUAAAUGGGAAAAUAAUGGCUCUAAAUUCAUCCGGGGGUAUCCCUCCUACGGAACCUGUCAACAUGAGCAUGUUCCGUCCAAUUAUUGUUGCUCCUUCCUCUAUUGUGUUUUCUCAUAUUCCAAGCAUAAUACUUCCUGCCUGUAAGGAUUAAAUUUUUCCUGCC